AUGGUCAAAACCACACUGCUGGAGCAUGGGCAGGCUUCCCCGCCCCCGGCGGGCCCGGCCGGGGAGGAGCUCGGCGCGUCCCCGCCCCGAGGCGGAGCGCGGAGUGGGGGGGCCGGGCGCGGGCGGACCCGGCGGGGUGGGCCGGGGACGCGAGGCGGAGCGGGGCUCCACACAGGCCGCAGCGGCUGGCUCCGGCCCCUACGGUCCCGGCGGCGGCUGGAGGAGGAAGCCAGGCGGCUGGAGGAGGAGGGGAGGCGGAGGAGGCCGAGGCUGGAGCGCCGCUUGCCGCAGACUCACUUCCCCGGCUCAGCAGGGAAAGGUACCGCGCGCCCGCUCCCGGUCCCUGGCCCCUCGGCCCCGAGCCCCCCAGCUUUCGCUCGCGCCGGCAGGGGCUGCGGCCGCCACGGGAGGGUGAAGGGCCCCGAGCGGCCCCGAGGGCUCCGGCGGCCGGGGGUUGAGGCGGCCAGCGCGGCGAUCGGGCGGGAGGGCUGGGGUGUGCGGCAGCCGGCAGGAGUCUCGCGGAGAGCGGUGGGCGCCGCGCCCCCCUCGCUCGCGUCCGGGGAAGCGGUGGUCCGGCGGGGUGCGGUGAUCCCCGGGCGGGGGGCUGCGCUGGCCAGGCCAGCGUACGGCGGUGGAGGGCAGGCCGGACCCCCGGAGCUGCGUGCGCCAGGGGAGCGCCCGGGGCGCCCGGCGGGCGCGCUCGCUCAGGUGGAGGAGGUGGGGUGUGGCGGCUCCAGCAGUGACCCAGGAGAAGUUGCUGGAAUGGUGCACGGGGGCGGACCUGUGGACAGUGAUGAAGGCGCUCCGGAGGCCCUGGCAGAGGAUGCCCGGUGA